AAUCCUCUCCUCAUCAUGUCAAACUGCAGCAGAACUGUGGACGAUAUGAAGACCUUUCUUCACGUCACUAAAGGCUUCGAUUCACAGCAGAGGAUGAAGUUCUACGACAUCUGGGCAGAGACGUACGACCAAGAUCACAACAUGAUGUGCUACAGAGCACCACAUAUGACAGUAAAGUUCCUGUCUGACAACUUCGAUGGGAGUCCUGAAGAAGUUCAGGUUCUUGACGUGGCCUGUGGGUCUGGAUGGGUCGCUCAACAGAUGGUUGAACUGGGCUUCAGGCACUUUGCAGGAGUGGACGGCAGUAAAGGCAUGCUGGAACAAGCUGCUAAGACCGGCCUCUAUCAGGACCUCAAACUGGCCCUACUGGGAACAGAACCACUGCCUACACAGACUGGUUGGUUUGAUGUGGUGAUCAUCGUCGGUGCAUUACGUGAUGGUUUUGUGCCGGUCAGCGUCGUCAGGGAGCUCUGCGAUGCCGCCAAACCAGGAGGAUACAUUUGCAUGUCGAGAGUCGACCCAAAGUCCGAGUCUGGAAACAAAUACAAGGUUUCUAUGGAGAAAGAGCUGCAGCUGAUGGAGGAGGAGGGACUGUGGACUCAUGUGAUCACCAGAGAGAUGGACAAAUACAUGAUGGAUGUUUAUAACAUUUGUAAAGAUGUGCAUGAUGAGCAAUACCUCAAUGGAACCAUGUACCUGUACAGGAAGUCACUUAAUGAGUCACUCUGCACCUGAAUCCAUGUGUUCACUGUCCAAUCUGAUUUAGCAGAAUGUCGCUAAAUACACAGAAG